AUGGACACUACGUUGGACGUUAUUUUGGAACGCAAAGAGAUCAUAGAUACUAAACUUGAUCCCGCAAACCAGUUAAUUCGUGAUAAUGAACACGAAUAUGAUGUAGUUCCAAAAAACGAAAAGCAUAAAAGUGGCAAGGUUCAUGAAUUUACAGGAACGUCGGCUUCUAAACAUAUAACUCCUUUGGAUAAAAUGUUGGCAGCCUGUUGUGGAGCUUUGUUGACAUCACUUUUUAAUCCACGUAUACCAAAUCAAACUUCAACAUUGAGUUGUACCGCUAUGAUACCUAGUAAAAUCGCCACAGGACAUCAGCUUAAUGGAUUCUUGGAUGGUAUUAAUAAAAUAGUUCGUUACGAAGGAAUCACGUCAUUAUGGCGAGGGCUUUCACCUGGAUUAGUAAUGUCUAUUCCCUUGACAGUAGUAUAUUUUGUUGGUUAUGAUUCUAUUAGAGAUUCAUUAUGGAAACAUUGGAAAGGGAAAUACUCUGAACUUUACUCACCAUUAUUGGCUGGCACUCUCGCAAGAACAAUUUCAGUAUCUAUAAUAUCACCAAUAGAAUUACUUAGAACCAGAAUGCAAGGUCCAGAAGGUGUAAAUGGUUUAAAAGAUGUUAUGAAUGGUGUGCAAAGAAUGGUUAGAAUAAAUGGUAUUUCAUCAUUAUGGAGAGGUUUAGAACCUACGUUAUGGAGAGAUGUUCCAUUUUCUGCCAUAUAUUGGACAGGUUAUGAAUCAAUAAAACGGAAUUUUAGUAAUCAUCUACGAAAUAAAAGCAUUGAUGGAAAUAUAAAUAAUUUUGCAGUUGCUUUUACAAGUGGUGCUACUUCUGGCAUGAUCGCGGCAACGCUAACAACCCCUUUUGACGUGGCAAAAACUCGACGACAGGUUGCUUCACAUUCAAGUGGAGCUCUGCGAAUAGCCAAAGUUGCAAUAUUCAUAUCGAUAAAUCCUCUUUAUUUUGAACGCUCGCACGUGUACGUUGACAUAAUGACCUCUCAUUUACUUGAACAACCACAAAUACCAAAAGUCGGUUUCAAUUUCGACAAUUAUCGAAGAAACGCUUUUCUCGAAAAAAAAGGUCUCACUUUGCCCAAAGCGACCAAAACAGGAACCACGAUUAUUGGAGUACAUUUCAAGGAUGGAAUCGUACUUGGAGCGGAUACACGUUCAACUAAUAACGAUGUCGUAGCAAAUAAGAAUUGUGAAAAAAUUCAUUAUCUUGCACCAAAUAUGUAUUGUGGUGGAGCCGGUACAGCAGCUGAUCUUGAAUUUACUACAGCUUUGAUCAGUUCUCAAUUGGAAUUGCAUCGUUUAUCUACCGGAAGGGAAGCUCGUGUUCAAACAGCAGUGAUAAUGGCGAAACAAAAGCUUUUUAGGUAUCAAGGUCAUAUUGGGGCAGCACUGAUAGUUGGUGGCUUCGAUGUAACUGGACCUUCUCUGCACAACAUACAUCCUCAUGGAAGCAGUGACAGAUUACAAUUCGUGGCUAUGGGUAGUGGUUCAUUAGCCGCAAUGGCUAUACUUGAAAGUAGAUGGACUAAGAACAUGGAGCGAGAUGAUGCUAUUGAAUUAGCUAAAGAUGCCAUCGAAGCCGGUAUUUUUAAUGAUCUUGGAUCAGGUUCAAAUGUAGAUCUUUGUAUAAUCGAGAAAGAUAAAAUAGAAAUGUUAAGAAAUUAUUCUAAACCCAAUGAACGAGUAGAAAGAGAGAAAAGUUAUAAAUAUAAGAGAGGAACAACUG